AUGAGUACGUGCGUGGAAGUCUCGAUGUGUGUGACAUCGCUGACAAAAUGCAGGAGAGUAGGCUGGGAUGGUAUGGUCACGCAAAAAGGAGGCCACCUGACUGACUACGUAGGAAAUUUGGCACUGCUGCUCGACCUCACCGUACGAAGACCUAACGGAACACGCAGGACAAGCAUGUUGUGCGUUCGUAUCGUCGUCGUUGGAGGCAAGGACGCCUGCCAAGGUGAUUCCGACGGGCCUCUGGCUCACCAACGAGUCAAUCUCGUCGGUAUCAUCUCUUGGGGUUACAGAUGCAGCGAUCCAUUGCAACCAGGAGUCAACAUUCGUGUUUCUCAAUUUAUCGACUGGAUUUUAGUCCAUGCUUAA